CAGCAGAUGUCAUGAUGUAUUUAAGUAAAAGUCCUGGGUAGAGCCCAGCCUUCGCUCAGGAGCCCCCACAGCUUUCUCUGCCUUUUAUUUUAUGGCUCGGGAGGGCUUUUCCUCCACGUGUUUGAAUUCAAAGGUGCUUUGACCCACUCAAGGUGAAGUGCUGUGAGCAGUUGGGAGGGGGCUGUUUCUGCCCCUCUGGGCCAGGCACUCAGUUUCUCUCCACGUUCCCCUUCUCCAGGGCAGCCCCGGGUGUAUUUAUAAUGGAAAAACCCCAGGCAAACACAGGAGCCUUUUAGCCUCCCGCCACGCCUCUGCCAGCAGGCAAAGUAUCUCCAGGGCGGCACAAAUUCCUUGCAGGCCAGCCCGGUGCCAUGCGAUGCUCCAUGAAGCGCUUCCUCACGGCUGCGCUUGCAGCCUCCUUCCUCCUCCUCUUCUUCCUCCUCCAUGGGGGCAGCCAGCAGGAAGAGGAUCCUCUGGAGCUCAAGGGCUUGGAGCCAGAUGCAGUCCUGAAGAUGCUGCAGCCAGAAGGAGCCCAGCACGUCCUCCAGGACAUGGAUGACCUCUCUGCACUCCACAAUGUCUCCUACCACCUCCUCGCUGGUUCCCUGCCAUCCCACAAAAAAUUCCUGGCGGUGGGCCUGGCGUCAGUGCGGCGGCCGCGUGGCUACUACCUCCCAGCGACCCUCCAGUCCCUCUUCAUGAAGUCCACAGAGGCGGAGCUGCAGGAGAUGGUGGUGGUGGUGCACUUGGCCGACAUGGACCCCAUGUGGAACAUGCGUGUGGCCGCCGACAUAACCCGCAAGUUUGCUCACCACAUCCUCCUGGGCCGGCUCCUGCUUAUCCAUGUUCCCCAGGAGUUUUACCCCACCCUCGAGGGCCUCAAGAGAAACUACAAUGACCCGGAGGAGCGGGUGAAGUUCAGGUCCAAGCAGAACGUGGACUACGCCUUCCUCUUCGCCUUUGCUGCCAACCUCUCCUCCUACUACUUGAUGAUUGAGGAUGAUGUCUGGUCUGCCAAGUCCUUCUUGACGGCCAUCCGCAAGGCACUGGCUUCCCGGGAAGGCACCAACUGGGCCACCCUUGAGUUCUCCAAGCUGGGCUACAUCGGUAAGCUCUACCACUCCAGCGACCUUCCUCGCCUGGCUCGCUUCCUCCUCCUCUUCUACCAGGAGAUGCCCUGCGACUGGCUGCUGUCCCACUUCCGCCUCCUGCUCACCCAGAAGGACGUCAUCCGCUUCAAGCCCUCCCUCUUCCAGCACAUGGGCCUCUACUCCUCCUUCCAGGGCACCAUCAACCGGCUGGAGGACGAUGAGUUCCAGGACGAUGCCUUGGACCUUCCCGACAACCCACCAGCGGCCUUGUUCACCAGCAUGUCCGUCUUUGAGAACUACGAGCCCCUCAAGGCUUAUAGCGCAGCACAGGGGUAUUUUUGGGGGAAAGACCCCACAGCUGGCAGCGUCUUCUCCAUCGUCUUCCAGCAGCCGGCCAAGGUCACCCGUGUCCGGGUGCGCACGGGCUCGGAGGAGCGCCGGCAGGAUUUCCUGCACGCGGGGGUGCUGGAGCUGGGCCGGCAGCGACGGGCCGACGGCCGGGACUGCUCUGCCUACACCACUGUGGGCACCUUCCAGAAGGGGACCUUCGAGCGGCGGGGGCUGGAGAAGGCCCUGCCCGGCCCCGUGGAGUGCGUGAGGAUCCGGGUCACCCGGGACCAGAGCGAGUGGCUCAUCAUCCAGAGCAUCCACAUCUGGACCACAGCUGGCAGCUGAGCCGGGCGCGUGGCCAAAGCGGCUGGACUUGGUACUGAGAGUUAUUUUAUUUUUCUCACUCCCUUUUUUGAUAAGGAGUUAAAUUAUUGUCUCCUGCUGGUGCCCAUCCCGGAGGGAGGAUGGAGUGGGUCCCUCCGGCCCCCCCGGGGGGGUGAGCGGCGCCGGGGGCGGGUGGAGGAGGAGCAGAGUCUCAGGAACUUCAUGCUGGGACACAGAAAACAUUUCCUCCCAGGGAGGAUGGUGUACAGGACAAAGCUAAUCAGCUGAUUAACAAUCCAAAUAAUUAACCAGGCGGUGGGCAUUUUUUUCUUUUUUUUGCAUCCUCUCCACACCACCCCCUCCCCAGCUGAGAUUUCUAACCCACCGACCCCCCAUCCUGCAGAUUUUCCUUCUCCCAUCCCAUUUUCAAGCUGUUCCUGGGGACAGAUACGGGGGUGAGGGGUCUGGAGCACAAGUCUCAUGAGGAGAGG